CGCAGACCUUUCAGUCUUCCUUGAGACUUGCGCCAACAUUCCAGGCGCUUCAUCAAGACCGUCUAUUCUUUCGGUCUCUCAUACGUCUAGUCUAGGCACAUCCACAUACGUGCCGGACCUUGCUUCCACAUCAAACCAUCAGUUUUGCAGGCAGUCGCACACUUGAGUGCGCCCUGCUAAGAAUUUGCAAUCAUGGGUAUGAUCAUUGACGUAUCCAUGCGCAACCCUCUCGCAUGGGCAGGCAUCCUCGGAAUCACCUGCUAACGAUGGAUAGGUCCCAAAAAGAACCAGAAGAUGUCCCUCGGGACCUUCUUGCAGGACGAGAAUUAUGGAUCAUGGGCUGACGAGAUGGAGGAUAUGCCUCUUCCAUCCUCGGACAGACCAAGCUACGGAUCAGAGCGCCGAACGUUCAGCACAAACACUGGUAUGGGUAUGGGAAUGGGCAAUGGGUUCGCAGACAGACGAGACGGCUAUCCUUCGCGCGAACAACUCCCUCUUCCCACUGAGCCUCCAUUCACCGCACAUCUGGCAAAUCUUUCAUUUGACGCCACUCAGGGAGACAUCAGCGACUUUUUCAGCGACUGCGCGGUCACCAAUGUGCGCAUUGUAGAGGACAAGAUGGAUCGCAAACCAAAAGGAUUUGGAUACGUUGAAUUUGGAACUCUGGACGGCCUUAAGGCUGCAUUGGCCCUGAGCGGUAGCAACCUUGGUGGUCGUCAAGUUCGUGUCAGCGUGGCGGAGCCGCCCAAAGACAGAGAUUCUUCUCGAGACUUUAGCGACUGGUCAAGAAAGGGGCCUUUGCCCGAUCUUCCCAAUCAGCGCAGGGUCUCUGAACGACCUAGCGGUGGUUUUGGCGGUGGUCGCAACUUCGACAAUAUGUCAGACGCAGGCAGUGAGCGCGGCCCUCGUCGUGGUGCCUUCGAACAGGGCGAUGGGAAGUCUAGAGAUUUCUCGAACUGGGAAAGAAGGGGCCCCUUGUCACCAGUGUCGCCUGCUCCCACUUCACUUCGGGAAGGAGGAAGACAGGGAAGCAGAGAGGGUGGUUUCCGCAGAAACUCGCCAGCCUGGGGUGAGGGCACAUCGCAAGACGGUUCGCGACCCCCUAGACGCGAAUUUACCGAGCGGCCGCCACCAGAGCGACAACCUACAGCUCCAGAACUCGAUAACCAGUGGCGAUCUAAAAUGCGACCCGAUGCUCCAGCAAAAGAAUCCACCCCUGAAGCUAGCGAGCCUUCUUCCCCUGGCCCGGCAGCUGCGCCGACGACGAGGCCCAGAUUGAAUCUGCAGAAGAGGACUGUUUCAGAGGCUGUGCCGGUUGAGUCCCCAGCUCCAGGGUCCGACUCGAAAGCUAGCCCAUUCGGUGCCGCACGUCCUGUCAACACAGCCGCCAAGGAGAAGGAGGUGGAAGAGAAGCGACAACUGGCUAUCCGGCAAAAGAAGGAAUCCGACGAGAAGGCCAAGGCUGACAAAGCUGAGGAGAAGCGCCUGGCCAGAGAGAAAGCCGAGCAGGAGAAGGCAGAGAAACCAACAACCAAGGAGAGCAAGGAAACGAAAGAAGCCCCAGCAAACGACACGACUACGUCCAAGGACGAUGAUGAGGAAGCCCCACAAGAGGCUACGCCGAAGUUUGACAUUCUGCGUCGCGCUGAUUCGGACAGGAAUGACAUGGUUGCAGAAGAUGAAGAGGAGGGCGAGGAGCAUCUCCCGGUCGAUGACAAAGCUGUCAAACCCAAGGAAAUUGUACAAGAUGCCCCAGCCAAGGCCAAUGGGUCGUGGCGCAAUGCUAAAGCACCACAAGCUGCUCCCGAAGGAACCACCACGGCGGAGCUGGAAGAAGAGGGAUGGAGCACUGUCUCGAAGCCAACCAAGCAACGCAACAACCGCCGAAACUAUCCGUCUCGAGCGAUUGCCUCAUGAUUUGAUUGAAAUGUUGAGGCCAUUGAUGCACUUGUUGAGAAGAAGUUGAAGCGGACCUGCUUGUGGCUUGUGGCGGCCUUGUACGUUCUAAGUGUCUGCAGACCUUCGGGUGGCAUGCCUGGUGGCGGUACUGAUCAGGACGCGGAACUCUACGAUUUUGGCUACAUGCUGCUCUUACUCUCGCACACGCUCUCCGAUUCAAUGCAGGCUGCGGGAUCGCUUCCCUUGUUCCAGCAUUGUGGAGUUUCGGAAAAGUGCUGGAGUGCAAACUGGGCAAGAUUGCAAGCAAACAGGCGUGGAGGUGGCUAGGGUUUCAAAAAGGGAUUAAUUUCUCGACUCGCAUUUGCACAUGUAUUUUGUACACAGGCUCUAAUCUCAGUCAUGAGAGCACGAUAGAGAAUGACCUUUCUACAAUGUCCCGGGUACUCCUGAAUGUUCGCAGUGACAGUUGGAUGAACUGGUAAUGAGCAACAAUACUGAGUAGGCGGUAGUCCAG